AUGUUCAAACUGUUCAUGGUACUUUUGUCAAUAGCUGGACGGUGCCCGGCCAAGAGAGACCCCAUACCCCAAAAAGCCAAGUAUUGGGUGUCAGUCCCUAUACCGGAGUCAUUUGAUGCCCGCACUGAAUGGGCCCAAUGCCCCACCAUUUACGAGAUUAGGGACCAAGGAUCAUGUGGGUCCUGUUGGGCAUUGGCUACGGUAGAGGUCAUAUCGGACCGCAUAUGUAUCGCCUCUAAUCAGUCGGUAGAGGUGUCGGCCGAGAACCUACUGGACUGUUGUGGCUCAUCGUGCGGCGACGGUUGUCAGGGUGGUUGGCCCGAACAGGCCUGGCUAUACUACCAGCACACUGGCCUGGUAUCCGGUGGUGGGUACCGGAGUAAAAUAGGCUGUCAACCCUACUCCAUAGCUGCGUGCGACCAUAUGGGCGAGGGUACGGCUACUUUACCCCCGUGUACUGACAAUUCACCUACACCUAGUUGCAAACGAGCAUGCACAAAUACUGGGUAUAAUGGUGGGUAUACUCAGGAUUUGCAUUACGGUGCCAAUGAGUAUGGGUUUAGUAACCAAAAUGAGCUAGUUCAACAGGAAAUUAUGCAAAAUGGCCCGGUAGUGGCCACGUAUGAUGUUUACGAGGAUUUCUUUAACUAUAAGUCCGGUGUUUAUCAAUACGUUUACGGCGACUAUCAGGGCGGACAUGCCGUCAAGAUUGUCGGGUGGGGUACUGACAGUGGGCUCGACUAUUGGCUCGUAGCCAACUCGUGGAAUACUAACUGGGGUGACCAGGGGUACUUCAAGAUUAUUAGGGGCACCAAUGAUUGCAACUUCGAGAGCGAUAUUAGCGCCGAUAUA